AUGGAGUUUGAUUCGUUAGAUGAAAGGUAUAGGUUUGACAACAAUUAUGCACUUGCAGCGAGGUUUGGGAGUCAGGAGCAUAGUAGUAGAAAGUCCAUUGAUGGUGAAUAUUGGUUAAGGAAAGAAUUUGUUUGUUGCAAACAAGGGAAGAAGAGGGACGAAGUUUUCAAUGAAAGGCACAACCACCCUAUGUCAAGUGUGUCAGACUUAUUUAGAUCACAUCGUCGAGUUUCGAAGGCAAAGAAGGCGAUGAUUGAACAAUGUGCAAAGGCCAAUAUUUCCAUAAGUAAACAAGUGGCUUUGUUGGAGGUGCAAAGUGGAGGAAUUGGAAAUAUUGGUUGCAUCCCCAAGGAUAUUUACAACGUGGAACAACAGUUGUGA